CAAAUCGAAACUGCCGAUUAGUAGCUUGGUAUCAAUGUUAUAUUGUUCACAUUGUGUGCAAAUAAUAUUUGAGACAUAAGGAAGUUAAAGUACAAUAGCGGGUAAAAUACUUGAUUUUUGUCCUCUGUUGUACAUUUACAAAACAGUUAAAUGUGUGAAUAACUCGUCGAAAGACUUAGAAUAAAUGAUUGUAAGCUUCUAUUUCUGGUAUAAAACUGUCAAACCUGUUAAAUUGUGAAUGAUAAAACAUGUUCAAGACCUAACAUUUUAUGGAUAAUCCUUUACGGUAAAUCUUUCGAAAUAGAGCAAUUCACUUUCAAGUUAUUUACUAUAACUACGUCCGUUCUUUCUUUCGUUCGUUCAUGAGUAAGUGGGUAAGCAUGGAAGUAUGUCAGUGAGAAAGUCAACAACUAUAUAUUUAAAGAAGGAAGGACCAAACGGAGAAGGUAGAAGCGAUCGAAAGAAGGAACUGGGGCGACGGUGAUGAUAACGAAGAGGAGCAGGCAAAUAAGUAAAGUACAGCAAAACCAAGCGAUCAAUAAAGUAAGAAAGGCAAAGCCUGUAAGCUGAGCGAUUUCGUUAGAAAAAGUUAAGAUCGCAGCUUUGAUUUUCACCUGAACUCUCGAAAUCCUGAUUCUUUAAAAGGGGAACUUGAAAACAAGCAAAGCAGAAAGGACUUAUGUUAUUGGUACGUUUCAAAUCAAACCAUGAAUAUCCAGCUAAUUACAUUACAAAUUUAAUCAACAGAAUAGCGAAUCUAGCCAUGUUACGACAGUUAAAGAAAUGCACGAUUUUUGCCACUAUCACAAUGUUAGUAUUUAUAAUAUUUACAAAUUCAUUGCUGUAUUUGGAGCGAUAUCAGACUGAAUAUUUCCAGUUUGAUACUGAUGCUUAUUUUGAAGAUGCUAAAGAUUUAAAGUAUCCUGUCAAAGUACAGCCGUAUUUAUUUCGAAUUAUAAAUGCGUCUAAUCCGAGUGUUCCAUUAACCAUAAGUGCGCCAUAUGUUAUUGAGAACCGUCAUCUUUGCCGUUCUGUGAAGAAUCUUACGGUGCUUGUUGUAGUUAAUUCAGCGACAGACCAUUUUGAACAGAGACAGAGUAUAAGAGCAACUUGGACAAACGACACGUAUUACUCGUAUUUAGCAACAGUCAGAGUUGUGUUUCUUGUCGGCAUAACUGCGAGUCACGUUGUCCAAUCUGCGCUUGAAAUGGAGUUCGAAAAGUAUAAGGAUAUUGUACAAGGAGAUUUUAUAGAUUCCUACACCAAUCUUACACAUAAAGGUGUGAUGGGUUUUAAAUGGAUUACGGAGAGAUGUCGCAAUGCGGAGAUGAUUCUGAAAGUUGAUGACGACAUUGUAGUCAAUAUGUUUCUGUAUCUCUAUAAAUUAAAACAUUCUAAAGCGCUACACAAGGCAAACGUUUAUUGUGAAUACAAAUCCGAUCUUAUACACAGAGAUUUUACAUCAAAAUGGUAUGUUGAUGAAAGUCAUUUCAAAGGAGUAAAAAGAUAUCUGAAAUUUUGCAAAGGAAAGUUUGUGAGUAUGACGAAUGAUAUAAUGCCAUCUUUAUAUCUAUCCGCCUCGAAGUCGCCGUUUUUUCAUAUCGAUGACGUUUUGUUGUUUGGAUAUGUCCUGCAUAAGAUUCCAGGAUUGAAGUAUGAAACGUUCAGUGACGGUGAUUGGCAGGGGAUAACUAAUGAAGCAAAACACUGUUUAGAUACCAAAAAAGAAAAAUGUACAUACAUUGCCAUGCAGGCCGGUUACAAGGAGGAAGUAUUAAAUAUUUGGUCGAAAGUAGUCAAACACUUUAAUCGUAGUUUUAAAGAUAAAUCAUACCCACAACAAAAGUGAAUAAUAGUUCUACUACUUUCAUCAUUCAUUAGAAUAUCCUAUUUUAAAAAAUUUAUUAAUUUUAAGCCUAAAAUACACAAAUAAGACGUGUGAAGAUAAACAAGUUUAACAAUUAAAUAUUUUAUCAAUAUGUGUUUGUUUUACGAUGUCAAGAAUUUCUAAUGGCAUUCGUUUAUUUAAAUCAAACUGUUUGUAUUUUUUAAAGAAAUCUACGCUUUCUAUAAAUAAAAUGUUUUAAACAAUCUA